AUGCAAUUCUCUAAAUUACUUCCAAAAAAUUUUUGUCCGUCAUUUGGGCCGAGAGAAAUAACUUUAAAACGUCAACACUAUACAUCAAGUCCGUUUCUCACCGCGUCAACCUUUACUUCUCGUAUUGAAGCGUUGAUAACACGUUCAACCAAAUCUCCUCUAUUUUCUUUUUCAUAUACCGUUCAUCGUUCUUUACACUCAACGAAGAAAACGUCAAAACCCCAGUCAUCUAAUCAUACUAAGUACCAAGAAGUUUCUUCAAUUAAACACAUACCAUCUUCACAUUCUACUUUAAGCCUUUUUGAUAACCCCUUUUCGCCGUCACGAACUUCUGAUACCCUUUUUUCGAAACCAUUGGCAUUAAUACACGGUGCUUCCGGUAUAGCCAAGCAUACCAACAAAUUUGUAUCCACUGCUAAUGACAAACAAUAUUUUAGUGUUUGUUGCGGAGAAGAUAGUUUCUUCAGGCGACAUGAUUCCUUAGGCGUUGCAGAUGGUGUUGGUAGUUGGCGCAAUGUCGAUUCCGAUAAAUUUUUAGCAAAUUCAGCCUUGUAUUCCCGAAAGUUGAUGCACUAUGCGUAUACAGAGCUUGAAAAACAUGAUAAUAUUAAGGAUGUUAAUCCAACGAAGAUUAUGCAAGCAAGCUAUGAACAGAGUAUACGUGAUUGUACAUUAGAGGGAGUCGUUGGUUCUUCGACAGCACUAAUAGCAGUUUUACGAGAUGAUGAACUUCGGAUAACAAACAUUGGUGAUUGUGGAAUAUGUAUUAUUCGUCAUAAUAGUAUAAUAUUCAGAAAUGAAGAACAGCAGCACAGUUUUAAUUAUCCUUUUCAGCUAGGCAUUUAUUCUUGUGAUAAACCCAAAGAUUCUCAAGAAUUUACGGUUAAAGUUCAAAAGAGAGAUGUGGUGGUUAUAGGGUCUGAUGGCAUCUUUGAUAAUUUAUAUGAAGAAGAUAUACUUGAAGAAAUUACAAAAUUUACUCAUUCCCAACAAGGUGAUGAUCUUCAAGUAAUUAGUGAUGCACUUGCAUGGCGCGCUAAAGCUGCUAGUGAAGAUGUUAAUAAUGUAAGCCCUUUUCAAAGUCGUGCUAUGCAAGAAGGAUUAUACUAUCAAGGCGGGAAAAAAGAUGAUAUAAGUGUUCUGGUUGCUGUUGUAGUGUGA